GACACACUCACACAUUCACUCACAUACCCUGUGACAUUCAAGAAGGCAACUGUAUUUUUUUAACUCACUGAAGCUGCAAGAUUUUAAAGAUGAUGGGUGAGAAAAUCUAGUGAGAAGAAGAAGAAGAAGAAGUAGCCAUGACGUGGACGAGCCCUCUGGAACUGGUGAGGGACGCUCUGAGAGGUCAGAGGGCAAGGGACAAGGACCUCCGCAACCUGGUGUCCAAUCUGCCUUACGAGGGCCUGGAGAAGGGGAAGCAACCUAACCGCUACUUUCCCGGAAAUGCCAUCAAAACCACCAAAUACUCCCUCCUCCUCUUCAUCCCUAUGAACCUCUUUGAGCAGUUUCACCGCCUGGCAAACAUCUACUUUGUUGGUCUUGCUAUUCUGAACUUUAUACCUGUAGUGAAUGCCUUCCAGCCCGAGGUGGCUCUCAUUCCCAUCUGUGUCAUCAUGUCUCUGACGGCACUGAAGGACGCCUGGGAGGACUUCAGGAGGUACCAGUCAGACAGGAAGCUCAACAACAUGCCGUGCUUUAUCUACAGCAGGAGAGAAAAACAGUACAUGGGGAGGCAUUGGAAAGAUGUACAAGUGGGAGAUUUUGUGAAGGUGUUCUGCAAUGAGAUCAUCCCUGCAGACCUCCUGCUCCUGCACACAUCAGACACCAGCAGUGUGUGUCUCGUUGAGAUGUCAAACCUGGACGGAGAGACCAACCUGAAGCAGAGGAGGGCCAUGUCUGGCCUCUGUAACACGGAUCCGGAAUUUGAACCUGAAAGCUUCAACAGCAUUGUUGUGUGUGAAAAGCCGAACAAUAAUCUAAACCAUUUCAAGUGUUUUGUAGAGAAACCUGAUAAGGAGAAGGUGGGUGCUGGGAUCGAGAGUCUGCUGCUGCGAGGCUGCACAGUGAGGAACACGGACCACGCUGUUGGCUUUGUGGUGUUUGCAGGCCAUGAAACCAAGUCCAUGCUCAACAACAAUGGGCCGAGAUACAAGCGCAGCAAACUAGAGCGGAAGCUGAACAUAGACGUCAUCUUCUGCGUCAUUCUCCUCUUCGCCAUGUGUCUCGUCGGAGCAGUUGGUCACUACUCAUGGCUGCAGGCGUUGCCUGGUGUGCCCCCUUACCUGGUCCCUGACAGCAGCGGUCACCUGGACAGUCCAAGUCUGUCUGGUUUCUACAUGUUCUUCACCAUGAUCAUCCUGCUGCAGGUCUUGAUUCCCAUCUCUCUUUACUUGUCCAUUGAGUUGGUGAAGAUCGGUCAGAUCUUCUUCAUCACUAAUGACGUGGAUAUGUACGACCCAGACACAAACAGCCGGGUGCAGUGUAAGUCCCUGAACAUCACAGAGGACCUGGGACAGAUUGAAUACGUCUUCUCAGACAAGACUGGCACCCUCACUGAGAACAAGAUGGUGUACUGCAGAUGCUCCGUCAUGGGCACGGAGUACCCGCACAAAGAGAACGCCAUCCGCCUAGCUGUCCUUGAAGGUGAAGAAACAGAGGAAGAUGUCAUCUUCAACCAAAAACCUCAACCUGCAAAGACGACAUGGUCCCUGGAUGGGUCCCUGGAGGGAAACAACUUUGUGGACACGCGUCAACGCCACCGUGGCAGACGCAGGCGCAAGCUCUCGAGAAGCGCGUCAACGGAUGUGGCCUUCAGCAGCGAGCUGGAAACUGAGGUGGUUCCAGACAGGAUGCUGCUUCAGCAGCUUAGCAGGGCACAGAGCAGCAGUGGCAGUGGGAUGAUAGAUCCUUACCUGGACUUUUUUCUGGCUCUCACCAUUUGCAACACGGUGGUGGUUUCCAUGGCAACAGCUCAGAGACAGAGGGUGAGUGCUCAGUUUACUGCGGCUGUGUAUGGGAAGAGGAGAUGGAGGGCACUGUCGGGAGAGAAAAGAUGGAUGUAUAUUUUUACCUCCUGUUAUCGCAAACGGAACAGAAAUGGCACCAUCGCAGAGGACUCACCCGCUGCGUCGGCCUCAGAUAAUCUGAGCUAUGAGGCGGAGAGUCCAGAUGAGGCCGCCCUGGUGCAUGCAGCCAAGGCAUAUGGCUUCAUUCUGCUAGCCCGCACCCCUGACAGCGUGACUGUCAGGCUCCCAUCGGGGAAGGAGCUUGUGUUUGAGUUGCUGGCAACCUUGACCUUUGACUCAACCAGGAAGAGAAUGUCUGUCUUGGUGCGACACCCAAUCACCAAAGAGUGUGUGCUGUAUACUAAAGGUGCAGACUACGCCAUCAUGGAGCUACUAGGUACUCCGUAUGCAGAACAUCUCAGUGGAAAUCAGAAGAAUAUAGCAGCAGAUACUCAGCAUCACCUCGACUGCUACGCUAAAGAAGGACUGAGAACACUCUGCUUUACAAAGAAGGUUGUAAGUGAGAAGUUGUAUGAAAGCUGGUCAGUGAACAGACAGAGGGCCCUGGCUGCCAUAGAGAACAGAGAGGAGCUUGUUAUGGACUCUGCUGUGGAGCUGGAGACAAAUCUCUUCCUGCUCGGGGCGACAGGCAUCGAGGACCGUCUGCAGGAGAGCGUCCCAGACACCAUCGUAGCGCUGCGGGAGGCAGGGAUCCAGGUGUGGGUGCUGACCGGUGACAAGACGGAGACAGCUGUCAACAUCGGCUAUGCCUGCAGGCUACUGGAAGAGGAGGACCUGGUGAUUAACAUGAACUGCAAAAACAAGCUGUCGUGCACCUCCCUCUUGGACUGCACACUGGAGGAGGUGAGGAGGUACAGCGCAGACCCUCGUAACGUGGACACGACCCCGGACAUCUCUCUGGUGAUCGAUGGACGGACCCUGACCAUGGCCCUGGAGUCAGACCUGCGGGACCGCUUCUUGGCGCUGGCAAAGUGCUGUCGCUCUGUGCUGUGCUGCAGAGUGACGCCUUUACAGAAGAGCAGAGUGGUGAAGGUGGUCAGGGAGAAACUCAAGGUCAUGACCCUCGCUGUUGGUGACGGUGCAAAUGAUGUCAAUAUGAUCCAAGCAGCCGAUGUUGGUGUUGGGAUAUCCGGACAGGAGGGCAUGCAGGCGGUCAUGGCAAGUGAUUUUUCUAUAUCUCACUUCAAACACUUGAGAAAACUUCUCCUGGUUCAUGGACACUGGUGCUACACUCGGCUGGCCAACAUGAUCAUUUACUUCUUCUAUAAGAAUGUGGCCUACGUGAACCUGCUGUUCUGGUAUCAGUUCUUCUGCGGCUUCUCGGGGACUGCCAUGAUUGACUACUGGCUGAUGAUUUUCUUUAAUCUCUUCUUCACCUCUUUGCCGCCCAUCAUGUUUGGGAUUAUGGACAAAGACGUCUCUGCUGAGAUGCUGCUGGGUGUCCCUGAGCUGUACAGGACCGGACAGGGCGCAGGGGAAUACAAGUUCUCAACCUUCUGGGUUUCCAUGCUGGACGCUUUCUAUCAGAGUCUCGUGUGCUUUUUCAUUCCAUACUUGGCUUACAAGGAUUCCGACAUUGAUGUUUUUACCUUUGGAACUCCUUUGAACACAAUUUCUUUGUUUACCAUCCUGCUGCAUCUGUCCAUAGAGAUUAAAGCCUGGACGUGGGUUCACUGGGUAGUCAUGUUGGGCAGCGUGGCAAUGUACUUUAUAGUCACACUCGCCUACAGCGGAAUCUGCAUCACCUGUAACCCUCCAUCCAACCCGUACUGGAUCCUUCAGAGCCAGAUGGCCGACCCCAUGUUCUACCUUCUCUGUAUCAUCACGACUGUGGUGGCUCUGCUGCCCAGGUACAUGUUUCACGUGCUGAGGAACUCUAUCGCCCCCUCCCCGCUCCUGCAAGCCAGGCAGCUGGACCGAAUGGACCCCUGCGCGAGGGAGCAGUGGAUCAAGGAGUGGAGGAGCUUCAGGGGCAGCAGGGGGGUCAAAUGCUCCAAGUUUUCUACCCCAUCCUCUCCCAACCUGGAGACCCCUGUGGGCAUUCAUCCCCAAUCUCCCACUGUCUCUGACACGGGGGAUGAAUUCACACUGAAUGUCCUCACUGACAACUGUGAAAGGACUCUACACACGUGAGGACUCAUUCAAAAAAUGUCAUGUAAUAUGGUGAUUAUUUAUUCAUAAAAUGUGUAAAUAUGCUGAAGCUGAGUUGGUUCAUACACACUAGAUACCUGUUUGGAGUUUCAUUUUUAGGUUGGGAUUUUACAUAAAUUAAGGAGAAACACUGUCCCCCGUGACAAACUAUCAUCAUCAUUGGGUUGAUGAGUUCAUUUUGUAAUAAAGAACUUGACAAAAGCA